AUGGUUACUAAUGAUCCAAAGAAUCCGCCAAGCGUUCCAGAAGGCUGGUUAGCCAAAUUCGAUGAUAAAUAUAACACGUUUUUCUACGUCAACUUAAAGACUAAGAAGUCACAAUGGGAGGCACCUUCAGGCACAUCAUUCGAGCCUAAGUCUGCUGAUGAAGUGUUGCCACCUCCUUACAGUCCUACAUCAUCUAGUGGUGCUCGAGCACAAACUCAACCACAAGUUCAACCUCAUACUCAACCCCCGGUUCAGCAGUAUCCUCCACAACAAUAUCCUCCACAACAAUAUCCACCCCAGGGAUAUGGACAUCCCCCUCAACCAGGAUAUGGAUACCCACCUCAGCAGCAAUAUAUGCAACAGACACCACAAAGGUCCCGUAUGGGAGGCAUGGGUGGCUUAGGUAUGGGUCUUGGUGGUGGUAUGCUCGGUGGUAUGCUUUUAGGUAAUAUGAUGGGCAACAACCAAAUGGAAGCAUAUCAUGAUGGAUACCAAGAUGGAGGUAUGAACGGUGGUGAUGAUAUGGGUGGUGACAUGGGUGGUGACAUGGGUGGUGGUGAUUUCUGA